UCUACGUGUAAUUCAGCAAAGAAUAUCAAAACCCUUCUCUCUCUCUCCCAAUCUAAUCAAUCGCUUUCUCAUUCCGCCAUUUUUUCUGCAUCAACAAAAUCCUCAAAGCCAUGACCACGACCUCAAAGAUCGUAUCUUUUUCACUCCUCUCCUUCUCCCUCUUCUUCAUAUUCAAAUAUCUCUCAGCAUUCACCACUCCCACAAUCCAGAAUCAGCACCUCUCUUUCUUCAACAACACUCGCGCCACAGCCACCCCUUCAGCGCCGCCGAAGCCGCCGUCGUUGCCUGCGGCGGCGGCGGCGAGGCCGCUGCUGGAGAGAACAGGGAUCAUAAAUGAGCUGGGAAUCAUGACGGAUGAUUUCGUGGUUGGGGAAAUCGAUGAAGGGCUUAUCCAGAGCAUAGUGGCGAUGGCCAACACUAGUGAUGAGAGGGCAAUUGUGGAGAAAAAAGUGGUUGAAGUUGAGAAAUUUAGGAUUUGUGAAAUGAAUUUGAGUGAUUAUGUUCCUUCUUUGGCUAAUUUGUCAGAGAAAGGGGAAGGAUUGGAUUGUUUGGUGCCGAGGCCUAAAGAGUACAAGCUUCACAUUCCAUGGCCCAAAAGCAGAGAUGAGGUCUGGUUCGAUAAUGUGCCUCACACGCGCUUGGAUAGGGAAAACGGAGGUGCAGUAUCAAGAAAAGGCGACAAGCUUGUAUUUUCAGGAGACGGGCCUCAAUUUAUCAGUGGCAUGGAUAAAUACUUGGAUCAGAUAUCCAAGAUGGUUCCUGAGAUUGCAUUUGGCCGUCAUACUCGAGUUGCUUUAGAUAUCAGCUCCGGGCCUGCAAAUUUCGGGGCCUACCUACUCGAACGGAAUGUAACAACUCUGUCAAUAGCUACAAGUGACGUUCAUCCUAACCAGAUCGAACUUGCCCUGGAGAGAGGCUUACCUGCCAUGAUAGCUGCAUUUGGAAGACGCCGGCUGCCUUACCCUAGCCAAGCAUUUGAUCUAAUUCAUUGCUCUAGGUGUGGAGUUAAUUGGACUGUUGAUGGUGGGAUUUUGCUUCUUGAGGCGAAUCGUCUGCUUAGAGGUGGAGGAUACUUCGUGUGGGAGGCGGAGCCCGUUUACAAAUACGAUAAUGAACUUGGCGAGCAAUGGAGAGCAAUGGAGGAUCUCACUAGCAACAUCUGUUGGGAGCUAGUCAAUAAGGAAGAGUAUAUUGCCAUUUGGCAGAAGCCAGUAAACAAUAGUUGCUAUCUCAGUCGAGAUCCUAACGUACAGCCAUCGCUAUGCAACACUGACGACAAUCCAGACAAUAUAUGGUACGCAGACGUGAAGGCUUGCAUCGCGCGUUUGCCUGAAAAUGGCUACGGAACUAACACUACUGACUGGCCUGCCCGCCUUCACAGCCCACCAGACAGGCUAUUCACCAUAGAAAUGGAUGCAGAGAACUCUAGGAAGGAACUGUAUAAAGCAGAUUCAAGAUAUAGGAAUGAUAUGGUAAGAGGAUACGUUGGCGCUUUCCACCUCAAUCAGAUGAAUCUGAGGAAUGUCAUGGACAUGAAAGCUGGAUAUGGAGGAUAUGCAGCAGCUUUGGUUGAUUUCCAGUUCAACAGCUGGGUUAUGAACGUCGUCCCAGUAAGCGGCCCCAACACACUGCCUGUGAUAUACGACCGUGGUUUUAUAGGCGUUAUGCACGACUGGUGUGAGCCGUUCAACACGUAUCCAAGAACAUACGAUUUGCUGAAUGCAGUAGGCCUCUUCUCUGUAGAACAGAGGAGAUGUAACAUAACCAACAUAAUGGUGGACAUGGACCGGAUCCUCAGACCAGGCGGGCGCGUUUACAUACGCGACACAACUGAUGUAAUUGCACAGCUUGAAGAAAUUGCAAAGGCAGUAGGAUGGGUGCCCUUCGUGUUCGACUCUGGAGAAGGGCCCCAUUCAAACUGGAAGCUUUUAGCUAGCGAGAAACGAUUGUAAUGUGUAGUACACAAUUUUUUUGAACAUCAUAUAUAUAUAUACCUAAAUGAAUGUUCUCUUUCUCA